GUUGCGAUUUUUAUAUUACAGCUUAAAGUGCCACUAAAGGUAAAUUUCUCGGUCAGGCCAAGGGACGUGAUUGUAACGAUCACGAAAAAACAGUUAAGCUGCGGACUUAAGGGCCAUCCGCCAAUUCUUGCCGGGGAUUUCCCGCACGAGGUCAAACUCGAGGAAUCUACUUGGGUAAUCGAGGACGGGAAAGUGUUGUUGAUUAAUCUGGAAAAGGUGAAUAAGAUGCAAUGGUGGUCUCAUGUAAUAACGAGCGAGCCAGAAAUCAGCACAAAGAAAGUAAAUCCCGAACCUAGUAAACUUUCUGACCUCGAUGGAGAGACACGAGGCCUCGUAGAAAAAAUGAUGUAUGAUCAGAGGCAAAAGGAGUUAGGACUUCCAACAUCCGAUGAGCAAAAGAAACAGGAUGUUAUCAAAAAAUUCAUGCAACAACAUCCCGAGAUGGACUUUUCAAAAUGUAAAUUUAAUUAAUCUUAUUUGUUAAAUUCACUGAUAUGCUUAAUGAUAUUAUAAUAUUACAUUGAUACUAGUAAGAUCGUAUUUUGCUUUUUAUUAUCACAAUGUAAUGUGCGAUUCUCUGCGUUCAUGGCUUCGUAUGUUUAAAAAACGAAACAUAUGCAAUACUCUUCUACGCUUCAGAGAUUGCAGAAGAUGGCACCACUAUGUUAGGCUAUAUAAUAAUGUAUACAGAAUUUUACUAUCGAUUGAAAUGUUCUUUGAUUAUUUUUUUAUUCUCUUCAUCGUUCUUUAUAUUUUAUUCACCUACAGCUUGAAAGGAAACAAAUCGCACAGUGUUUUCAAUUUUUAUAUUACAUUUUUCAUCUCUACCGACCUCGUCGAUUGAAAGAGGAUGGAUUAGAAUUGUAUGAACAUAAUACAAGAAAUAAAAAUUAUGUAAACA